ACCAAGAUUCCCCGGAAGUGGCCAGAGCGGCACCAAAACCACCGAGAUUCCCCGGAAGUGGCCAGAGCGGCACCGGAACCAUUGAGAUUCUCCGGAAAUGGUUAGAGCGGCACCGGAACGACCGAGACUGGGCGGAAGUUGUCAGAGCUGUCUCGGUAACCAUGGGGACGGCUCCGCGCCGGAAGCGGAAGUGGCGGGAGGUGCAGGAGCGGUGAGGGCGGCCCGGGGGGCCGGGAGCGGUUUCGGGGCUCCCGGGGAGUCCUGGGCGGUUCCCGGGGCCUCCUGGAUCAUGGCGGACCCGUCGCUGCUCUCGGCCGAGCUGGAGGCGGACGAGGAGGAGGAGGCGGCGGCGUUGCGGCGGCUGCUGCUGCAGGUGGCCCCGGACCCUGAGGAGGCGCCGAGCGCCGGCCCCGCCCGGGCCGUGACCCCGCAGCCGGGUUUCUGUGUGAAGACCCGCGAGGCGGGCGGGGGUCCCAAGGUGUUCCUCAACGUUUGCCACUCGCCCGAGGUGCCGCCCCCGCCGCCCGUGCCCCCUCCGGGGCUGCAGCAGCUCCUGCGGGACCCCCCCGGCCCCGAUGGUUCCUUCCGCAUCCCCAUGAGCCUGGGGGAGCCGCACGCCGAGCUGGACCGAGGGGGAAGGGGCUGCACGGCCUACGACGUGGUGGUGAACUCGGGGUUCUUCAGGACACUCAAGGCCGACCCCCUGUACCUGGAGUUCUUCCUGACCGUGGCCCUGGAGGGGCUCUCGGACAAGUACGGGGUGGAGCUGGAGCUCACUGGCUGGCGCGUGCUGCGGAACCGGCGCUGCCUCGGCUCCAUCGCGGCCCAGAACAUCCGGGCGCGACCCCAGCCCCGCAUCCAGGAGCUGCCAGGGAGCUGCCGGGGUGACGGGGACCCCCGGGACCCCUCCCCAAAUACCCCUGAGACCCCCGGGCCUCCCCCGUUCGUGGUCGUGGCCUCGCCCUCGGCUCAGGAGCCGCGGGAGCUGCAGGCGCGGGUGCACCUGGGCCAGGUGGAGGGGGCGGGCUCUCUGUGGCUGGGGCUGAGCGAGGAGCGGCUGCUGCUGCUGCGCCCCGCGCCGCCGCCGGGGGGCGCUCCCGAGGCUCCUCCGGGCCGCCAGGGAGCGCUGCUGGAGCUGGGGCUGCCGCUGCGCAUGCGCGCCGACCCCGCGCGGUGCCGCGCGCGCUUCCACCGCCGCUCCAAGGUUCUCACCGUGACGGUGCCGCUGCUGCGGGCGUGAGGGACCCCCGGAAAGACCCCCAGGAGACCCCCAAAAAACCCACCCGGGACCCCCCAAAAAACCCACCCGGGAGCCCCUGUAAAACCCCACCCGGGACCCCCAAAAAAACCCACCCGGGACCCCCCCCGGACCCCCCAGGACCCCCAGACCUCUUUGGGGCCGUUUUCAGGAUGCUCCUGAGCCCCCCCAGCCACUCAGGGACCCCCC